GCAUUGUACACUAUGGCAGCGACUUUGCCUUCAGAUGCUAAGCAACACGAGGCCCAGCAGGCGGCAGACCAAGCCCCUGCACCGGAGCCAGCCCCCGCCAAGAGGACCGCGAGGAGGCAGUGGAGCAUUCAGGAAGGACCUCGGGGAAUUUUGCGUCGGAUGAGAAGCCAGUUAGCAGAAGACGGCUGUCCAGAGUCUCAGCUGAUCAUUGGAAAAACUCUUUUGGAACAAAUCAGUGAUGAGAAUGAGAUUGAUGAAGAAGGAGCGAGACUUGCUGUGUAUUGGCUGAGUCGUGCAUCCUUCCAGGGAAACACUGAAGCCACAAGACUCUUACAGGAUUGUAUGGAUAAAAAUGUUGGCAUUUGUGAACACAACUACCAUGAAGUCCGUGAAUGUCUUGCAAUGGACCAGCAAGAAAAGUUGGCUAGAAGGGCCGCCCGCAUGCUUUUCACCAGUGUGAGUGAUGGAAAUGACUUCAUCACCAGCAGCAGACUUGGUGUGAAGAUGCAAGAAGUUUUGGCAGGAACUGAACAACCUGAUGAUUCUGGGGACUCACUACCUGUGGACAGCAACAGUGACUUGGAGGAGCGAUAUGGAGGAGAGAGAUUUAGUGAAGAGCACCUAGUAUCUGCUGCUGUAAUAUACUGCAAUGGCCGAGUUCCUCCCAUUCAUCAUUUCAUGAAUCAAGUCUCACAAAAUGCACAUUCACACCAGAUUCUUAAUGGUUUACUUUUGCCAAUGAGAAUCUUAAAUAAAGUUUAUCAGAGUUGUUUACAGUUUCUUGGUGUUACAUUUACAAAUUACGUGAAGUAUCUGUUGAAUAUCUUGACACCAUUUACUAGUACACUUAUUGUAUGUCUAAUAUCAGGUUUGAUAUCACUAGUAGGUGUCAACAGAGCAUUUUCAGCAUUCCCCCUUUUUAUAUCUUGUAUAUCCUUGUUGGUAAUGAUGGUGGCCACAGCACAUUUGCUACUGAAUAGAAAACACUUUGACAGUUUUCAUUCGUGGUCUAUCCUUUUCUCACAUUACUGUCCAGAACUUGACAUUGAACAUGCUGAAGGUAAAUUCAAAGCAAGAUGUUGGAAACCAUAUGUUGCUCUUUUUUUAUCAGUAGUUAUAUAUUUAGGAACUGUUCCAUUAGUGUCACCUAAGCUUGUGAUUUGCUUUUUGCCUGUGAUGUAUAUUUUCACAAUUUUAACGUUGUUCUUAAUUCCAGAAAAGUUAAAGGUUUGGCAAUUCAUAUCUCUGAGUAUAUAUGUUAUGGCAGUGACUCCAAGUGUGCAUGAAAGUGUCAGCCAGUGGCUAUUCACCCUUGCAAAAGGAACUGGUGCAGAAGAGUUACUAGUUGAACAACAUAUUGACAUUGGAUGGCAUGUAAAAUUGCAUUUAGGUAUUGGACCAUUUCUGCAUCUCAUGUGGUGUAACUUGCAAAUACUCAUAUGUGUUACUAAUAAACUAAGUGUGCUUCCACCGCAUCUUGUUACUAUUACAUGGUGCCACUUGGCAGUAAUGGCUUCUUACAAGAUAGCAGAACCAUCCAACCUUUUAUAUCCUUUAGCUGCAUGGUCACUGAUAAUGAUGUUGCCAAGUAUAGCUUCUCUCUUCUUUCUUUUUGGGCCCGGACUAAUGUUUGCUUAUGUAUGUCUUCAUGUAGGGAUCGAUGGUCAGUUAGCACUGUUUGUAUUCGGAGCUUGCAUAGUUACCACUUGCAUUCUGAAAUUAUGGUUCCCCAAACUUUUAAUUUUUGUCAAGCUAAUCAUAACUAUUGGGACUGUAAUUGCUAUUUUACAUCCAGAUUUGAUUUUGGCAGUUCCAAAUGCAGUUUAUUCAAAUUUACAAUGGGAGAGUUACAGGAAUGUUUGUGUACCUUCAAAAGAUUCAGCAGCUCUUACUGUUCAUGGUUGUCUUCCUUUACAAGGAGUCUUUGUAAAGUGGCAUGGAUCAGUGUCAGCAGUGAACAUUGUUAGUGUGUUCAAUUUACCUGAAAUUGCCUUAUCAGUUCUUCCUUUUGUUCUUCGGAAACCCUUAAGGUGUUACUUUGGUAAAACGUUAUCCCAGUGUCCAUCACCCAAAGAAAAGACAUUACAGAUUGAACGAUGCCACACGAUUCAUUCCGUUUUAGGAGCAGAUGCUUGCACUCUAGACAGCUGGAAUGAAUACACGUUUGAAGUUACAGUAGCAAUGAGUUCCUCAGUGUGGAAAUUUGGAGCUGAAGGAUCACAAGUGACUUUGCAUGCAGAUAAUACUUUUCAAAAAUUCUUAUUAGGACUACAAAUUGAUGAUGAAAUUGAGUUUAUAGGUUCUCUGUCAAAUGGUAUUGGUACUUCCCAACCAAGUUUACAUUUGACAUCAAUUUCCUGUAUAAACUGUAAAGUAAAACUCCCCUCUGUAAAGAAAAUUUAUUUUCAUAUUGACUUUGAUGUGUGGGUUAUUCCAGCCUUCAUUUUUAACUUCUUCAUGGGCCCAACACUUACUAUCUAAUUUUUUUUCACUUGUGUGUGUGUGUGUGUGUGUGCGCGUGCGUUGGGGUGCAUGCGUGUGCAUAAAUCUAGAAUUGCAAUAUGUAUCUUUAGGGGAAAAGAAAUAUCUAAAUGGUCAGUAGAUUGCAUUGAAUUUGGAAAAUGUAUUUGAACCAGAUGUCUUAUUUGUAGAUUACAUAUUACUAAAAUGUACUAAUAUUUAUUUAACAAAGUUAACCAUGGUAUGACGUUCCAAUUCUGGUGAUUGCAAAAACAAACCACCACCACCACCUGCUAACAACAACAAAAAAUGCUGAAGUUUUAGUUUUAUAAUGGAAAAAAUAAUUUGUUACUUUGGCAUAUUUAGCCAGAGAAUGCAGAGGAUGUCUACGGGUUUGUUUAACAUGUAUGUAGUAUUGAGAAUUGUAAUUGCUGCUCUCUAUGGUACACAAUUUUUUUUAAAUAUUACAGAAGUUACAAAAUUUGCCUUUGCCUAUGUGGUUUAUACACUAAAGAGUCCUUGAGAAGAUGAACCCAUAUAUGGGGUAUAUGUGAAUUUAUGUCCAAGUUCAGAAGUAUCCAUUUAUUUUACUUCAUGUCAUUUUGCAGUCUAUGCAGUGUUACAAGCUCAUCCAAUCAUGAAAGAAUGUUAAGAGUUUUGGUGAAAGGUUUCUAAAUAUUUUUAGAUAUGUUAUAGAUGAAUGUUGUUUGUAUAAUUGAGGUAUUCACUUCUGUUGUUUCAGUUUUCAUUUGAUUAUAUGUUGUUCUAUGAAGUAUUGUUAACUGUGUGUUUGGUGGUGAAUAUUGAAGUAAUACAUGUUUAUUUGUUUUUAUGUCGUAAAGUAUGAUUACGUUUGUUUAUGCAAGGAAACAAUCAUCAAUAAUGAAUUACUCAUGUAUGUGGGUCCUAGAUUACUGACCAGAAGUCUCUUUCUCCGUGGACCAGAACAUAAUUUCUGAUUGUUAUAGAUUUAUUCAGCUUAUUAAUCAAAGUACAAGGAAAGGUGUUAUAACAGUUUUAGAUAUAUUCUAUCACAAAAAUUUAGAGUUGGGUAUAGAUUUUUUUAUAGAGUUGAUUCUGAAAUGUACAUGUUAAUCAAGUGUAUGAAAAUGGUGUCUGUCGGUUUUAUACAUAUCUUUUCAGAAACUGUUCAUUGAUGAUAAGUGUGUGCUACAGAAGGGCUGGCUUGAGAGCAAAUCAAGAUGCAUACAGUGGUCACUUUUGAACAAACUGGUGACAAAUAAUAUGCUAUCAUGUCAUGGGGAAUAAUCACAGAUGCUGGGUAAUGCCUUUAGUCUGUCCUAAUGGAGGGAAUGAGAUUGAGCAUGGCCUACAACAAGCCAGACUAUUGCCCAGGCACACAAAUGUAAACCUAUUCUUACCUUACUUCACAAAAAAAUUUACCCUGUGUUAUCUGGUUAACGAGGAAGCUGGGUGAUGAUGAUCUCAACUGUAGAUAUUCUUGCCUUGUUGAGCAGAGUAUUAAGAGGUGCUCGUCAAUUUAUGUACUAUAUUAUAAGUUGCACAUUUUGAUUUAUUGAUAAGUAAAAAUGAUAGGUAAGGUUUCAUGAAAGUUGUCUACAAUUGUGACUGUUUUCAGUCCUGUAUUUUUUGUGAAUUUUUGUUGUGCACAAAUGGCACAAGUGCUUAGCCAACAGGGAAUCAAUUAACAGGCCUUAUGUGAUCUGAUUUCCUAUUUCCUUGAAUUUUCAAGAAUUUUUUUUUUUUCUAAUGAUAUUGAUAUCCAUGUUUUUAUCAUUAUUAAUGACAUUAUGAUUGUUAAAAUGAUAUUAAAAUUCCAGUAAUGAUAGGCUAUAAAAAUUCUUUCCUUGAUGGCUUAGUACUACUGGGGCCAUCUAUGUGUAACUACAGCUAAGAAACUAAAAUUACAGUGGAUGUGGUAUGUAUGUCAUGUCAUCUGCACACAGUAGGUUAAAGGGUUUAGGGUUUACCAAGUCAUGACAUUGAUAUUCAGGUGAAAAAGAAAAUUAAGUGUUUGUGAAGAUGGUCCUGAUAAUAAAAAUAACCUCUGAAUACUCUUCUGAUGCAUCAGAUUUCAAGAUAUUUUUGAAAAUAGGUUUUUAAUGCAGCUUGACAGAGAUCUGAAGCAAGUAAGUUAUAAGAAAUGAAUAUUUGGUAACUUGAAUGUCUUAAUGUAACUUUAAAUUGAGAAGCUUUUCCUGAUCAUUUUGUAAAAAAAUGAUUAUGCAGCUUUAAGAAAUAGUGAUAUAUCAAAGUAGGCAAACUACUAACAUAUGCUACAUUGGAAAUGAAACUUGGAAAUUUGCAUUUUUUUGAUCAAGAGGAUGGAUUUCACUGCCUAAAAUCUGUGAUAUACCAGUGAUUUGCUCAUGCUAAGAAGAAUAUAACAUUUUGUUUAAGAACAAUAUUUUGUACACUUACAGAUUCUCAGCUUUUAGUGUUCGGGCAACAGCUAUUUUCUGUUAUGUUAUGUUGUUUUGGUUUCUUUAAGUGAACGGGAGAAGAAAAAUGAUUGUUCUUGAAAAAGUAUGGUGGUGAUUGUAUUUACAGUAUUUUCUCUCACUUUUGAUAUGUGAUAACGAUUGUAUUUUUAAAAGAUUUUGUAAUAUGAAUUAUGUUCCCAGUAUGAUAUUAAAAAUACUAAGUUAAUGUAAAUGACUUUUAUGUAAUUGUAAUUGUUGGAUAUGGAAUAGUUCCAGAUACAUUGCCAGAAUUUUGUUUCCAUAAAAUACUGUACUUUGGGUUUAUAUAGUGUUAAUUUUCUUUAUAUUGUAAGUCACAUCUAAUAUUUUUACUAUUGCUUUCUGAGGUAUUGGAUAUAAUUUAUUCCUGUUACUCUUUCAGUUCACUUGAUUUAUGUUCUAUAUGCUUUAGUAACCAUCACUAGUCACUUGAUAAUAAAGCUGUGGCUUUGUU